UACACCUUCCAGCAGAUGCUAGAAAUGGCCAUCACCGCAGCUAUGUUUAGGGAUGUUUACGGUGUUAAGAAGGGUGAUCGCAUCAUCAUUUGUUCUCGAAACCUUCUGAGUUACUACACUGUGUUUUGGGCUUGCCACCUUCUGGGCACUGUCACUGCUCUUGUGAAUGCGUGGCUGCCAUUGGAUGCCCUCAGGCAUUCGGAGCAGAUUGAGCCAAUAGCCGCUGAUCUUAAACGCGCUUCAAGUGCCUCCGGAUAUCUUGUUCUUCAGGAUCAUGAGGGAAAAGGCCACUGGGAAGGCUGGGACAUUUGGAGCGAAGCAUUCCUCGAGUAUCAUAAGGAUCCAGGAAAAAUACUACGCAACGAUCCUCGCAUCAUACCAGAGGAUAAUGCGACGAUCAUCUUUACAUCGGGAACCACUGGCCUUCCUAAGGGCGUCCUGAGCACACAGCGAGUGUUCCUGACAUUUUUGUUCAACGUGCGGUCCAUCUUCUGUGUGUCAGCCUCCACUGUCAGAAGAGACUACAUUCGACGAGGCGUGCCGAUCCCUUCUUCGCUCGCCUCAGGCACGAAUAAUGGGAUCUUGCUUUCAUCACCGCUGUUCCAUGCCACUGGGACCAGCGCGACUCUCACUGGUGCCUUUUAUGGAACGAAGAUUAUCUUAAUGAUAAAAUGGAAUGUAGUAGAAGUCCUCUGUCCUUUGAGGUGGAAGCAUAUUCAACGACAUGACUACAGAUUGUGCAAGGAGGAGGGUGUAAUCUCUUUGGGUGGUGUUCCAUUGCUUAUAACCGAUCUAGCCGAUAGCCCGUUGUCUGGUUUUCCCAUAGAAGUGAUCACAAUCAGAGGGGCUCCAGUCAUGCUGUCUAUCCUUCACAGGUCGAAAGAAGCCUUUCCACAUGCAACACUCGGACAAGGCUAUGGUUCCACCAAGACUAAUGUGACAUCAGUUGGUUUCUCUGAAUACGAUCUCAGCGGUUUCAUAACUCCUGUUAAUGAUAUUCUGAUAAUGAAAGAUAAUGUCAGAGCUGCCUCGGGGGUGGUAGGGGAGAUAUGGCUUCGUGGACUGAAUAUGAUGAAAGGGUACCACAGAGACCAAGCUUCCACGGCGGCUACUGACAAGGUAUGCGAAGGAUAGCUUAUUUACAUGUGUUUGAAGGCUCAUCGAAAUGGGUUCUGACUACAGAUGGAUGGGUAAUGACCAGAGAUCUUGGUUGCAUCAAUGAAGAAGGAUAUGUCUACGUUAAAGACAGGAUUAAAGAUAUCAUUAUCCGUGGUGGGGAG